AAUUCGCUCUCCUUUUCUGCACUAUUAGCUUCUUAAUUGGUACCAUUAAUAACUAGCACUUCAACUAUAAUCUCUUAUAUUCACACACACAGAGAGAGAAUUAGCCAAAAACAUUAACAUGGCUGAUGAUCAGCUACACGUUGUGAUGUUUCCCUUCUUUGCAUUUGGUCAUGUUAGCCCUUUCAUACAACUUUCCAACAAGCUUUCCUCCCAUGGAGUUCGCAUCUCUUUCUUCACCAUCCCCGGCUUCAUUCCUCGAAUCGAAAACCUACUCAUUCCAUCGCCUACCACGCAAAUCAUUCCCCUCCAACUCUCACCAUCUCUAGGCCUCCCUCCCGACAUCGCGGGAACAUUCGAUUUGCCUCCAUCCGAGGCCAUCAAGCUCAUUACAGCCAUUGAUCUCACCCAACCUCAAGUAAAAUCCCUCCUUUCCGACCUCAAACCGGAUUUUGUACUCUUUGACUUUGCUCAACACUGGCUUCCCUCUCUAGCUUCUGAGCUCGGCAUCAAGGCAAUGCUCUUCCUAGUAUUCUCUGCCAUUGCCUGCGCGUACGUUGUUGCCCCCAGCAGGCUUGCAGGCGUAGAUGGAAACCCAACUGUUGAUGACCUUAGAAAACCUCCACAAGGGUUUCCCAUGAGGUUGCGUAUUGCAGCCGAUCACUCCGGUCUGAUCAAAACAUUCCAAGCUCGGAGCAAUUUAUUCCUUUACGAGAGCUUCGACGAGAGUCCAAAUAAUUUCUUUCGAGUUCAAGAAGCCUUUAAUAGCUCAAGCGCUAUUGUUAUAAAGACCUGCUUUGAAAUGGAAGGUUUAUAUCUAGAUUUCUUGAAAUCCCAGAUACAUAAACCAUUCAUAUUAACCGGUCCCCUCGUGCCAGCCGAGCCACCAUCAUCUGAGGUACUCAAUGAUGAAGAUUGGACAAAAUGGUUGGCUCAAUUUUCGGCAAAAUCCGUCGUUUUCUGCUCCUUCGGAAGCGAAACGUUUCUUACCAAAGAACAAAUAAGUGAACUAGCUCUAGGGUUGGAGCUCACAGGUUUGCCAUUUUUGUUGGUGUUGAACUUUCCUGCAACAGUCAACGCUGAGGCCGAGCUUAAACAUGCACUACCGGUAGGCCUCUUAGAAAGAACAAAAGAGAGAGGUCUUGUCCACAUAGGAUGGGUCCCACAACAACUUAUCUUAGGACAUGAUAGUGUUGGUUGUUACCUUUGUCACGCAGGGUUUAGCUCUUUGAUAGAAGGUCUUGUGAAUGAUUGUCAGUUGGUGCUUCUGCCUAUACAAAAUGACCAGUUCUUUAACUCUAUGCUCAUGUGUGAGAAUGGGAUUUUGGAGGCUGGGAUUGAGGUAAACAGGAGAGACCAAGACGGCUAUUUUGGGAAAGAAGAUAUUUUCACCGCAGUGAAGACGAUUGUGGUAGAGGUUGAGAAGGAACCUGGCAAGUCGAUUCGGUUGAACCAAAAGAAGUGGCAUAAGUUUUUACGAGAAAAGGAUGUUCAAGAGAAAUUCAUCUCGAAUAUGGUUGCGGAAAUGAAAAAAAUUCUAGUUCAUAACCCUUUAGUUGAUUGAAUGAAGAUUUUCUGUGCCCUUGUUGUUGGAUUCAAUUUGUGUAAAAAAUAAAUAUUUUUGAGAGUUUCUAUGGUAGAACCAGAAAAAAUAAAU